AGAAAAUAAACUUUCAAAUUACAAUAAAAUAGAAAAAUUAACAGAAACUUCCUAUUUAAAGGAAAACGAUUCUCACUAAAAUGUUUCCUAUAAAUAAUAUAAGUGAAAAUUCUUUUGUGACGACUUCAAAUGUCUCAGUGAACAUUGAAGAUAUUUUUUCAGAUUUUACUGAAGGAAAUCUUCUAAAGAAGUGUCGAUUAUGCUUCAAUUCUGUAGAAUCAGAAUACAAACUAACGAAGAUUACUAAACACUAUAAAAGUUUGAUAAGUAAUAUGUUAGAAAUUCAGUUCAUUCCAACAUCAAGAACUUCUGAUUUUCUUUGCCAAAGUUGUGUCUUCAAUAUCCGAAAUUUUUAUCGAUUCAAAAUAAAAAUGAGAGAAAAACAGCUAUCCUUAAAGAACUUUUUAAUUUUCAAUAACGAAUUAACUAAAUCUAAUGAAUCAAAUUCUACAAAUGAUUCCAACUCAGUUUUCAUUAAAACUGAACCAGAAGAAAUUCCUUCAGUGCUUUCACCACCAACUGCGGAACUAUUUUCUGAAUCUCUCUUGAAUGAUCAUCCAUUUGAGGGAGAAUUCAAAACCGAAUCUCCGUCUGACGAAACGACAGGAAAUGGGAUUAAUUCUGCCUCAGAUAAAAGGCAUUCUAUUGACCUAUCGAAAAUAUUUCCCUCCAAUGAAAAAUAUCAGAGAAUCAUUGGCGUUUGUUUGGAAAAUCCUCACUAUUCUGUCAAUAUGAUUUCAAAUCUAAUAGGAAUUCCACGAUCAACUGUUGGCUUUGUGAUUCGUAAAUAUAAAAAAUCAAUAGCCUCAAAUAAUGAUCAAAGCAACGAAGAAAAUAACGGUAGAGGCCAAAGAGGGGCAUCGCGCUUUUUAGACCCUAAAAUCGUUGAAAAGGAUGGUGGGAUCUUUGUGGCUUACGUAGCGUCAGAAUAUCCCAACAAAGUUAUCAGCAGUGAAGACAAAUUAAAGGUCAUGGUCGUCAUGAGUAAGGCGUACGGAGAAGGCAAAGACGAAAUGAAAAAACGCAAGAUAACACAAGUCGAAAUACAGGCGGUCUCAGGAAUAUUAAUUAUGAAGGAAAAAAACGUAAAAAGUGCCGGGUGGAACGAAUUAAUCUUCAAACAACAGAACUGGCCAAAAAUCCUUGGGUAUGACAUCAUUUGCUCUCCAGCCAGAGACAUAAACGUCUGCCCCGCAUUUAUGUUAAUUGUACCUCGCACAGAACUUACCUGGAAGGAGACAAUUUCCAUUAUUCAAAGAAACAACAAGAAAACCUUCACUACGAAAGACUGGAUGUUAACAGUUGCACUCGAAGACAGAAGUCAGUUCAAAGGACCCCAAAAAUUCAUUUUCAUCUCAAAUGGGGACAUAAAUGAAUUCAUGAUGGAAAAGAAAACAGUCAAAAUCAAGUUUCCACCUUUUAACCCGGCAACAGUCAGGAAAAUUCACAUUGGAGGAAACAAUCCCAACAUUUAUGCUAUAAACUUGGGUGUUAAAUCUGACACCGAAAAGGCAGAAGAAGAAAAGGAAAAGAAGAAACGCAUGUUGGAAGAAUACGAAAAAAACUUCGGCGGCCCCGGCAAAAACUUCGCUCUAAUUCUACAAUUAAACGCUGGUAAGCGGAAAUCCGCUUUCGACGAAUUACAAAUGAAAUGUGGAAAUGAUUCUAUCGAUAUACUUCUGAUUCAAGAGCCAGCAAUGCAUAAAGGCAAAGUUAAUAAUAUAGCAAAUGGCGACUUGUUUUAUAUGAAAAAAGCCCAAAAUAGAGUCAUGUCUUGUAUUUGGAUAAAAAGAAACUCAAAUAAGUUCCUCGAUCCUUUCCUUCUAACAGAGUUUUCUGAUGAAUUGAUGACUGCUAUUACAGUUAAAGUCAAGCUAGAUGGCGGAUCAAUCAAAACAAUUGUAGUGAUAUCUUUUUACUCUCCAGGAAUUCCACGAUCAACUGUUGGCUUUGUGAUUCGUAAAUAUAAAUCAAUAGCCUCAAAUAAUGAUCAGUUACGCGAAAAUUGUGAAUAUUCCGCUUCUCAAAUAUAUGAAGACCUUUCAAGAGACGAACAAUAUUACAUUGCAAAAGAGCUUAAAAUCGAAAACUUUAAAUGCGAUGACUGUGAUGAAUCCUUUUGCACCAGAAAUCAAGUUAAACAGCAUUCCCUAGUUCAUCAUAUCAAACCCAAACCUGAUUCUUCUGAUGCUAUGCCCAAGCAUGAAAAAGUUCACAUGUUGAAGAAUGAAAUCAAAUCUGCCUCUGACAACAAAAAAAUGGUUGAUCCAUCGGAAAUAUUUCCUGGCAAUGCAAAUCAUCAGAGAAUCGUUGAUGUGUACUUGAAAAAUCCUUUCCUUUCCGAGAGAAAGGUCGAAAAGCUUGUUGGAUUUUCACGGGGAACUGUUCGCCGUGUGAUUCGAAAAUAUAAAUCAAUCACAUCAAAUAAUGAGCAAACAGACGAGAGUUCUCAAUAUUAUGCUUGUGAAAUAUGCGGAAAACUUUUAAAAGGCAAACACAGUUAUAAUAAUCAUAUAAAUUUAAUUCAUGAAAAAAAGAAAUUUCGUCAGUGUGACAUUUGUGACCGAAGAUUUAUAAACAAAACUGAUUUAAAAUUGCAUAUGAAAGUUCACAUCCCAAAAGAAUUUAGAAUCAAAAACUUGCAAUGUGAUCACUGCGAUAAAUCUUAUGACACCAAACAAAACCUUAAAAGACAUUUGAUUGCUAAUCAUUUGAAAUUCAAACUUCAUUCUUGUAAUUUAUGUGAAAAAUCUUUUCAUUCUGAAAAGUCAUUGAAACUACAUCAUGUUUCACAUAACAAAAGAAACGUUCAAUGUGAUUAUCCAGAUUGUGAAAAAAUGUUCAAAAGUAAUAAAUACAUGCUCAGACAUAAAAAAGUUCAUAUGAAGGAGUUACAAGUUAAAUGUCCUUACGAGGAUUGCAAUAAAUCUUAUGCAAAAAAGGAGAAUUUGGACUUGCAUAUUUUCGUCAACCACAAGAAAAUCCGAGAAAAAUGUCCAGUAGGAAACGGAUGCAAAUUUUCGGUCGGACGAAGAGAUUACAUGAGAGCACAUUUAAAGAAGCAUUCUGAACUUUCUGCUGGAGAACUGGAAAAAUAUUUCAAGCAAUUGUCAACGAUGAAUCUUUAUUCGAAAUAA